UUAGAUGAAAGUAAUAUACUUUCUAGGUGGCUUAUCAUGUUAUAUAUUUAAAAAGUGUAUUAUUAAACAAAUGCGCACUAGAGAAAAAAUAUACAAAAUGAGAGGCAGAGUGGUGAUGUCCAGGGGCGGACUGACCAUUUGGAAACUCGGGCACUGCCUGAGGGCCCGGGAAGCCGCUGGUUCCUUUUUCAUAGGCUUUUUUGAGCUUGGGCAAGGGCACAGGGGCCCCAUGAUCCCCUAUGGCGUGAGUUGUCAG